AUGGCGCGUCUCCAGCGCGUUCUCAUAGCCAACCUUGGCGAAAUCGCUGUGCGGUGCAUUCGCGCCUGCCAGGCUCUCUCGUUGACCAGCGUUGCAUUGUUCACGAAAGCCGACAGCCACGCAAUCCACGUACGUCUAGCUGACGUGGGCAUUCUUCUUGAAGACGAAUGUUCGGAUGCAUACACAGAUAUCAAGGCUAUCUUGAAGAUAUGUGCAGAGCAGUGUAUCGACGCUGCGAUCCCGGGAUACGGCUUUUUGAGUGAAAACGUCGAAUUCGCCCGCCGUGUGAACGGGGCUGGCAUGCUCUUCGUCGGUCCGGAUGCCGAUGCUAUCAACGCAAUAGGGCUCAAGCAUACGGCACGUGAGCUUGCCAUUGCCGCCAACGUACCUGUGAUCAAAGGGUCUGGCCUACUGAAAGAUGCUCACGAAGCUCUACAGGAAGCGAGUAACCUAGCAUUUCUGAUUAUCAUUAAGGCGUCCGGAGGUGGCGGUGGUGUGGGUCAACAAAUAUGCUAUAGCGAAACCGAUGUCGCGUCAGCCUUCGGAGAUCAUAAAUAUCAGUAG